AUGCGCGUGGCAGACGACCACUUUUCGUACUCGGACUUUCAGACGUCGCUGUCGACGGACGCGGUUGUCGCCGCCGAUGUGCCGGUGGGCCCGCUCCGCCGGCUCCAGAACGCGUCGACGCAUUCGCGGUCGGCCAAGCACAUGCUAUCGGGCAUGACCAAUAUGGUGCUGCAGCGCCAUGUGACGCGGACACACCUCGAGCACCAAUUGGCUGCGUCAAAGGCGCUCGAAAGUGCCACCGAGUACAGCUACUGGCUCAAGGUCUAUGCACGGUACCUCGCGCAGGAAGGGGAUGUUGCACGGCUGGAAGAGCUCUGCACGGAGCUGCUGGGCCCGCUCUCGGCGUCGGGCAGCAGCGUCGCGACCGCUAGUGGCGAAACUACGUGGCACCCACGUGUCCUGGAGACGCCCAAGCGCGAUCUUCUCCGGACCAUCGUGAUGCCGCAAAUGGCCUCCAACCGCGUGCUCCAGCGACUUGUGCUCAAGUACCAAGUGCAGCUCGACGAAGCGCAGCCGUAGACGCCACAAGAGCUGCCACCCGUCCACCAGUUAUAACAGUAGCCUCUCGCGCGCUGUCGUCACGACGACUAAGAUCAUCCUCAUCCUUUCGUCAUCGGGCUUGUUGCCACAGUGGGACAUGCGGUGUCUGCGAUGCCC